GUGUUUGAAACACAUCUGGCAAACGCUGGGCAGAUGCUGGUCAUCUUGGAUGACUACCUUCAGCCACAUUACUUUACAAGAGCUUGGUGUCUCUUUGAGACUUAUGUUUGCAUAGAACAAGGGUUUCCCAGAAGCAUACUGCUGCCUGGCCGGCAAAUGGCAGCCUUCUCCAGUAUGAUGGAGACAAGGGGCGCGGCUCCCCUGCGCCAGAGGAUCCACAACAUAGACCUAAGCCAAGCACAGGCUUCAGUUGAGGCAGAUGAAAUACGAAUCAAAUCCUUGGUGCAAAGCGGAUGUGGCUUCGACGUCGUGAACCAUGUGGUCCAGGAGGAGCUUCUUGCGUGGAGUGAGCGGGCUUUCUCAGACUACUUGCGAAGCAGAUGA